AUGAGCGACCGACAGCAGACACAGGCCACGCACGAAAUGCACCCACACAGCCCUAACCAAAACGACCAGGAAGACACGCAAACAACACCAAAAACCUCCACAGACCAACUCCCCAAAGAUGCCCCUGCCCCUCCAUCACCCCCACCCAACGGCGGCCUAAUCGCCUGGCUGCACGUCGCCGCAGGCUUCAUGCUCUUCUUCAACACCUGGGGCAUGCUCAACACCUUCGGCGUCUUCCAAACAUACUACGAAUCGGGUGCUCUCUUCCACCGCUCCUCCUCCGCCAUCUCCUGGAUCGGCUCAGUCCAAGCAUUCAUGCUGCUGCUCGUCGGGUUCGUCACGGGCCCGAUCUACGACCGCGGCUAUCUGCGCGUUUUACUCGUGGUCGGCGCAUUCGGGAUCGUCUUCGGCACGAUGAUGCUCAGUCUGUGCAAGGCGUACUGGCAGGUUCUGCUGGCGCAGGGGUUCUGCGUCGGAAUUGGGGCGGGGUGUCUAUUCGUGCCGUGCGUCUCGAUCCUGCCGACGUAUUUCUCGUCUAAACUUGGUGCCGCGCUCGGUCUCGCUGUUUCGGGCUCCUCGCUCGGCGGAAUCAUCUACCCCAUCGUAUUGAAUCGGCUGCUCGAGCCACUUGGUUUCGGCUGGGCAGUCCGAGUCAUCGGCUUCAUCGCCCUAGCCACCCUCCUCCUGCCCAUCGCGAUCAUGAAGCAGCGCGUCAAACCGCCCAAGGCGCGCGCGCUCGUCGACUGGACCGCAUUCACGGAUCUAUCGUUCAUGACGCUCGUGGUCGCCGGCCUCAUCGCAUUCAUGGGCCUAUUCACACUGCUCUUCUACAUCUCGUACGUUGCGUCCGCGCGCCAUCUCACAUCGACCGACAUGGCGUUCUACCUGGUCCCGAUCCUCAACGCGGCCUCUGUAUUCGGACGCACGAUUCCGACGGCGAUGGCUGAUAGAUUCGGGCCGUUUAAUCUGAUCGGCCCGUUCUGCAUGAUGGUCGGCAUUUUGAUCCUGUGUAUGAUGGCCGUUGUUAAUGAGGCGGGGAUCAUUGUUAUCGCUGUCUUUGGUGGGUUUUUUAGCGGUGCGCUGAUUGGGCUUCCGCCGCUGCUGUUUGUUGCCCUUACGGAGGAUAAGAGUAAGAUUGGGACGAGGAUUGGGAUGGGCUUUGGGAUGAUGGCGUUUGGGGUGCUUGCGGGUGGGCCUGGGGCGGGUGAUAUUCUGGGUGAUGAUGUUGGUGAUCUCAACUGGAAUGGGGUUUGGAUCUUUGGUGGCGUCAGCUGUCUUGUUUCGGCGGCGAUUUUCGUUGCGCUAAGGGUUGCGAGGUUUGGAUUUAGGUUGGUCAAGGCGUAG